AUGUCCGACGACGGCCUCUCCAUCUACGACGAGAUCGAAAUCGAGGACAUGACCUUCGACGAGGCCCUUCAGCUGUACAACUACCCGUGUCCCUGCGGUGACAAGUUCCAGAUUGCCCUGGAAGAUCUCCGUGACGAGCAGGACAUUGCCGUGUGUCCCAGCUGCAGCCUCAUGAUCCGGGUUAUCUUUGACCUGGACGACCUUCCCGAACCUCCAUCUGGUGGCGGCUCGACCACCCAGGUGCCCAUCGCUGCAGGUCGGCACGUCUGCGCUCGGCUCCGCAUGGGGCUAGAACCUCCGUGUCAAGAACCCUGCGCUGGAGUCGAUGGACGGGCGCUCCAGCGUACGUUGUCAAAGAGCUGCGGUGCAUCCUCGGAACGAGACGCAUGUCAGCUUCGGGACGAGGGCCCAUCCCGUGAUAUGACCGAGGCGCCGCCUGCGGCGGCAUACUUCUGGUGGUACAGGAAGACCGGCAAGCUACCCUGA